AUGACCGGGCGCCACCGCGGCCUCGUCACGAGGCUGGUGUCAGCCCCCGAGUACAAUGUCCUGCGCUUCUGGUGCGCUCCCCACCAGAUCGACAUCCUUGCCAAGCAGAGUGCCGACAGAAUCGACGGCGGGGCGUGGAUAAAGUUUGCCUAUUCCUACACCGUCUACCUGCGCGCUCAGAAAAAUUUAAUCAUAGAAAUGGACGUCAAGUGCCCCAAAAAGACGAACCGCUGGGUGCAUCUCGAAUAA